AUGCUUCAAAUCGCUGACGACGAAGAAAUCUCUAACGAAGCUACUUACAUGGUAGUUUCAGCACCGGUAGCGAAGGAAGAGAAAUACUUACAUGAAUCACGACAUCAACACGCACUUGCAAGGGUACGUGGUGAAGGAGGGAAAUUUGACAAAGGAGAUGCCUUGUUCGCAGGAAACAAACUGCCUACUAAUGGAAGUAGUAGUGCUCCUGCGCCAGCAACACCAACUCCUCCAGUAGCUGAAACCGUCUCUGAUGUAGAGGCAAACCAAAAACGAACUCGUUUUCUUCCUGUUCGCGAGCUCAAGUAG